AUGACGGGGCGCACUGCCUCGGCACUGAGUUUUCAGUAUUGCUUGUCGCUAAAUGACGUCAAUCAGUGUUACAAUCCCGGGCCCUUGUUCGCUCUCAGCGAGAGGCUGGGUUCCUUCAAAGAUUUCCCCCUUUCCUCCUCUGCAGUUAAUGACGUUUGCAAACUCCCUGUGGAUUCUGGCUCAUGCUUUUCCUACGAGACCCGCUACUUCUACGACUCGGUCACCAAGAAGUGUAGGGCGUUCACUUACGGCGGCUGCGAGGGCAAUGGGAACAGGUUUGCCUCCAUCGACGAAUGUCUCAGGACCUGCGGAAGCGCAGAGAAACCUGGGUUCUGCCCCAAGACAACCGGAGGGCUCUGCAUUCUGGGCUGCAACGAUGAUGACGACUGUGCUGGAGCAGAAAAGUGCUGCAGUAAUGGGUGUGGCCNCUGCCCAUCUGUCCCCUGA